AUAAAAAAAGAGGUGAGGGAAUAGAGAAGAGCAAAGGCAUAACUAUAAUCAAAGAAAAAAAUAAUAAUGGAAGCAGAGACUAAAAUGAUAGCACAUGAAAUCGGAGGGAUCCAAAACGACGCGCUCCGUUUCGGCAUUCACGGCGUUAAAAGCGACAUCCUCGAAGCUCAUCCUCUCGAAUCCGCCUAUCAAUCUGCACUGAGGACACAAGAGGAGAUGAAGACAAGAAUACUAGCUAACACAUAUGGAUCAGCUUUUCCUUUGAAGAUGGAUUUUGAAAGGCAAAUUCUUUCACGAUUUCAGAGGCCUACGGGACCAAUUCCAUCUUCCAUGCUUGGAUUUGAAGCUCUUACGGGAGGCUUGGAUAGUUUUGGUUUUGAGGACUAUCUGAAUGAUCCUCGCGAGUCUGAAACUAUUAGGACACAAGACAUGCAUCACGGGAUGGAAGUACGGCUUGGACUCUCCAAGGGACCAGUCUGCCCAAGUUUUAUUUGAAUUAAACAUUUUAUCAUUCCUAUGAACUUUGGAAGCAAACAUUUAGACAAAGGAUAUUGUGUGUCAUGAAGAUUCGGACUCAUCAUAACUUUGAGAUGAAACGAUUUGUGUUAGACUUAAUGAUGUUUCACUAUCAAUCUUGCAUUUCAGUCCAAUCGUCUCUUGUACUUCUCCAAUACGAGUUUCCCAUGAGUAUGCUUGCCAAUUUUACAA